AUGGCUUCGCUUCGCACUGGUCUUCGUGUGGCUCAGCCGCUGCGAGCAUCGACUCGCAACAUCAACACCUUCGCCCGUCCCUCGGUGCGCUCGAGCGUGCGUCACUACAGCAGCCCGGCGCCUGGCUCGCCUCCGCCUCCCCCGCCCUCGAGCAGCUCGUCGACGAGCAAGGUGCUGCUCACUUCGGUCGCCAUCGCUGCCGUUGCUGGCGGUGCCUUCCUUGCUUUCGGCCAGGACGACAAGAAGUCGCUGCUCGGCGUCGGCCCUGACGGUGCCAACAAGCUGUCGGGCUCCAAGGGCGCCGCCGUCGCCGCCACCAGCGCACACUCCAAGGCCGACUACCAGGCGGUGUACAACGCCAUCGCCGAGCAGCUCGAGUCCAACCCGGACUACGACGACGGCUCGUUCGGCCCCGUGCUCGUGCGCCUCGCAUGGCACGCCUCGGGCACGUACGACAAGCACAGCAACACUGGCGGCUCCAACGGCGCCACCAUGCGCUUCGCCCCCGAGUCCGACCACGGCGCCAACGCCGGUCUGGGCGUCGCGCGCGACUUUAUGCAGAAGAUCCACGACAAGUUCCCCUGGAUCACCUACUCGGACCUGUGGACGCUCGGCGGUGUCGCCGCCAUCCAGGAGCUCGGCGGUCCCAAGAUCCCCUGGCGCCCGGGCCGCAAGGACUCGGCUGCCGACAAGUGCACUCCCGACGGCCGCCUGCCCGACGGCGACAAGGGCCCCGACCACCUGCGCCACAUCUUCUACAAGAUGGGCUUCAACGACCAGGAGAUCGUGGCGCUCUCUGGUGCGCACGCCCUCGGCCGUUGCCACACCGACCGCUCCGGCUUCGAGGGUCCCUGGACGUUUGCGCCCACCUCGUUCACCAACGAGUACUUCAACCUGCUCAUGAAGGAAAAGUGGAACAUGCGCAAGUGGAACGGCCCGCCUCAGUUUGAGGACAAGUCGACCAAGAGCCUCAUGAUGCUCAUGACCGACAUGGCUCUGGUGCAGGACAAGUCGUUCAAGCAGCACGUCCAGCGCUACGCCAAGAGCGAGGACGAGUUCUUCACCGACUUUAGCUCCGCCUUUGCCAAGCUGCUCGAGCUCGGCGUGCCCGCCGAGAACUUCAAGGCCUUCGAGACCAAGCUCGACGGCGGCAGGCCCUUUGAGUUUGCCACCUCCGCCGAGCAGGAGAACGCCAAGUGA